AUGACUAAACGUGUUUGUCAGAAACAUUUCGACGAAACUCAGUUUAGCCAAGGGUCAAGAAUUCGUUAUUCUUACCCCUGCCUUUUCGCAGAAAAGGAAUUUAUUCACGGCGUCCCACUCUCUUCUGAAGAAUACAAUAUUCUCAAUGAACAUAACUACUGCACAAAUCAAGAAGGAGAUGAUACUGCAGUGCAUCAAGUACCAGCAACACUAAUGGGCAUGCCAGGUAAUGUUCAUUUACAUGAACAUCUUUAUGCACUUCCUUCUACGAGUCAAGAGGCUGCCGCACCUAAACCUAAUGAAGCUGAUGUCUCUUUACAAGAGGUUCAACACUCAGUUUCUCCAGUAAUAAUACAGUCAACAACAGUACCUGCUAGGCUUGAAAUUGAAGCUGAUGUUUCUUUACAAGAACAUCAACACCCAGUUUCUCCUUCGACAGUGCAGUCAACAACAGUCACUACUGUACAUAGCGUUGAAGCUGACGUCUCUUUACAAGAACACCACCCAGUUUCUCCGUCUACAGUACAGUCAACAACACUCACUGCUAAAUAUAGCAUUGAAGGACUCUCUUGCUCCAGAAAGCCAUUGAUGGACAUCACCCAUCAGUACAAUGUCACUGGUACAACUCAAUUCUCCGAGGAACAUAUUUCCGCAGAACAACAUGUCGCUGACAAAUUGUCAGACACUGUCACCAGCAAAGAGUCCACGAAUGCCCCGUUGGCCCACACGUCAAAGCAACUUACCACGAAAGAUACUUCGUCAGUACGAGAGUUUAACUCAAAAACUCGACGCUACAUAAAAAAGACGAAACAAAUCGCUGCAGAGAGUCUCGGUCAACCAGCAGCGGAAAGGCUCCAAAGUGCACAUGAAUAUGCAAGCCUAGAUAUUCUUCAGGAUUUUGAAAAACUUAACAAAAAGGCUAAGGCCUUUCUGUUAAUGCAACUGAGACUUGCAAGAAAAAACAAGAUGGCAAGAAGAUUUACUUUUCAAGACAAAUUAUUCGCGCUCGCGUUGAUGAAGCAAAGUCCCAAGGGAUAUAAAUUAUUAGAAAAUAUUUUUGCUUUACCGACGAAAAGAACAUUAGCACGUCUGUCGCAAAAAAUUGUAUUCGAAUGUGGAAUAAAUGAAAAAGUCUUUGAUCACAUUAAACAGAGCACGAAAAACUGGGAGACGUCAAAGAGAUUGUGUUCAUUGGUGUUUGAUGAAGUAGCAUUGACGCCACAUCUGAUAUACAAUGAGAAUAAAGAUGUUAUAAACGGCUUCGAAGAAAUAGCGGGAGAACGCAAGCAAAAAUUUGCCGACCACGCUCUUGUCUUUAUGGUUAGAGGCAUUUGCUCAUCGUGGAGACAAAGCAUAGUCUAUUAUUUUUGUGCCGGAACUGUCUCUGCACCAGAUUUGGAAAGGAUAUUAAAAGAAAUCAUUCCAAGGCUUUCUGAGGCUGGCCUGAUACCUCUUGCCCUAGUGUGUGAUCAGGGUUCAACAUUCCGGUCAUGUUUUAAAAAUCUUCAAGCUACAACCGCUCGACUACAAACACCCGAAGAAAGACCAUGUGAUACAGUACAUGUAGCUGGACAUGAUUUAUUUAUAUUUCAUGACCCACCACAUUUAUUAAAAUCAAUCCGGAACAAUUUCCUGGACAAGGAUAUUAUCUUCAAUGGGAAAACGGCGUCGUGGAAGGACAUUUUAUAUGUGUACGACACGGAUAUGCAAGGCGGCCACACUAGAGCGCUACCGAGACUGACGGCAGAUCACGUAGACCCAAAGAAGAUAAAAAAGAUGAAAGUGAAAAUGGCGGCACAAGUUUUAAGCGCCCGAACUGCUGCAAUGCUGAAAUUUACCGACAGUGUUCACAAACGAGUGAAUAGUCCACAAGAGACGAUGGAGACGACAGCUGCGGUCGUCUUGUUUUUUGACGAGCUUUUUGACAGCGUCAAUGGAUCGCCAGGCCAAGGCAAAGGCAAACUCAGAUGUGCCGUCAAAGAAACUUCAAGCCAUAAGGAUUUUUGGCUAAAUGCUAUAAGAACAUUGCAAAGUAUGUCAUUUUUAGACCGUCACAGCAAACUGGCGAUACGUAAUGGCCAGCCAAGGCAUGUACGCGUUCCGUGCUUGGAAGGGUGGAUAACCACAUUAAAAAGUUUCCUUGGAUUGUCAAAAAUAUUAUUUUCUACAUACAAAGUAAAAUACUUUUACCCUCGUUUUGUCAAUCAGGAUCCGAUCGAAAACUUCUUUGGUCGUAUAAGAGCAAUUAAUUACAGAAAUGUAAAUCCCGACGCAAACACUUUUAUAUAUUCUUUUAAAUCUAUAGUCCUCUCAAAUAUCUUGGCUCCACAGUCCACAUCAAUGAACUGUGAAGACGAUGACGGCGAAACCCUAAUUAAUUUAGGUAAUCUGUUCUUGACAACAUCACCUCAGGAUGAGAAAGAAAACUGGCCCAGAAAUUUAAAUACGCCGUCAUCGUCUUCAGUCCCCUUGUCCCAUCAGGACAAAAUUAAUUAUAGAGAAAUUGUAACUGAAAGAAUGAACGUCCAAACGUCCGCGUAUACGGCGGGAUACAUAUGCCGAAAAAUAACAAAAAAAGCAAACUGUAAUGAAUGUGCAAAAAGUUAUACAACAGAAGAAAAGCAAGGGAUCCAUGAAUACAUUAAACAUAGGGAGUACAAGAGAUUGAAAAAUGCCAAUUUGAAUUACCCAAAUUCGAGAAUAGUAUGUUUGUAUAGGGAAUGUGCCCAAAUAAUACACAAUUAUUUAAACGCGGCAUGCCAUUCAAAUAAUAUUAAAAAGAAUAUUAUUGCUUUAAUAAAAUCACGCUGCGACUUGUCUUGGCUGGGGUGCAAAAGUCAUAAAAUAUUAAUAAAAAAAUAUUUUAUGACUUUAAUAAUACGAUUACAGGUACACAACUGGUGUAAUAUCAUCAACAGAAUUUUAAACGGCAAAAUUGAAGAAAAAUAUAUUUUAAAAAUGCAUACUUUGCAUGUUACUGCUUAUAAAAAGUACAAAGCGCAUCGUUUGCGACAAAAAGCAACAAAAGAUUGAAAAUAAAUAU